GGCUCUGCUGCCCGCCCGCCCCGCUCCCGUCGGCCUGUGCGCGGCGGCGGCGGCGUUGCUGCCGGCCACGAUGAUCCACGAGCUGCUGCUGGCGCUGCGCGGCUACACCGGCGGCCUCUUCGUCGUCAGCGGGGCCGGCGGGGGCCUGCAGGUGUCCCCGGAGGCGCUGCCGCCCUUCCUGCACCCGAGCGAGGCCGGCCUGCUGGCCCGCGCCUGCCGCCUGGGCGCCUUCUACAUCCGCUUCAGCGAGUUCGUCGAGCAGGUCGCCGAGCAGGUCCAGCCGCCGCUGCUGCCGCUGCCGCUCCCGCCCCCCAACGCUGCCCCAACGCAGCCGACGCCGGAACUUCACCCCUCCCAGCAAGGGAUUUACCUCCGCGCUUUCUGCACUGGGCUUGACACGGUCCUGCAGCCCUACCGGCAGGCGCUGCUUGACUUGGAGCAGGAGUUUCUGGCUGAUCCUCAUCUUACUAUCUCACAUGUCAACUAUUCCCUAGACCAGUUUCAGCUCCUUUUCCCCUCAUUGAUGAUUGUGGUGGAGCAGAUAAAGACCCAGAAGAUUCAUGGCUGUCAAAUCUUGGAGAUUGUCAAUAAAUACAGCCGUGGCGGCCUGCCACCUGUGCGGCAUGCUCUAGAAAAGGUCUUGGCCAUGUGCCAUGCCGUUAUGUAUAAGCAGCUCUCUGCUUGGAUGCUGCAUGGGCUGCUCCUGGACCAGCAUGAAGAGUUCUUCAUUAAACCAGGUCCCUCUUCGGGGAUUGUCCCGGCCCAGCCUGAAGAGGACGAUGAUGAUCUGGGUAUCGGGGGGCUGACUGGGAAACAACUGCGAGAGCUGCAGGAUAUGAGGCUGAUUGAAGAGGAGAAUAUGUUGGCCCCUUCUCCAAAGCAGUUCUCUCUGCGAAUAGAAAUGUUGCCCUCCUACAUCCCUGUGCGUGUUGCUGAGAAAAUCCUCUUUGUGGGUGAAUCUGUCCAGAUGUUUGAGAGUCAGAAUGUGAGCCUGAGCAAAAAAGGCUCCAUCUUGAAGAAUCAAGAGGACACCUUCGCUGCUGAGUUGCAUCGUCUCAAACAGCAGCUUCUCUUCAAUUUGGUGGAUUUUGAAUCUGUGGUUGAUUGGAUACGGAGCACUGUGGCUGAGCACUUGUGGAAGCUGAUGGUGGAAGAAUCAGAUUUAAUAGGCCAGCUAAAGAUUAUUAAAGAUUUUUAUCUCUUGGGGAGAGGAGAACUGUUCCAGGCCUUCAUUGAUAUUGCACAGCAUAUGCUAAAGACGCCUCCCACGGCAGUGACUGAGCAUGAUGUGAACGUGGCGUUCCAGCAGUCAGCCCACAAAGUGUUGCUAGAUGAUGAUAACCUGCUCCCUCUCCUUCACCUGACCAUCUACUACCAUGGCAAGGAGUCCCGAGAUGCUUCUCAGUCACGUGAGGCACCUUCCCGGGAAUUAUCUCCCCAUGAAUCCCCCACAUCUGGCUGGGCUGCUCUAGGGCUCUCCUACAAAGUCCAGUGGCCGCUGCACAUCCUCUUCACUCCUGCUGUCCUGGAAAAGUACAACGUGGUCUUCAAGUACCUGCUAAGUGUGCGGCGAGUGCAGGCGGAGCUGCAGCAUUGCUGGGCCCUGCAGAUGCGAUGCAAAUGCCUGGAGUCCAGCAGGACAGAUGCCGUCAAGUGGCGGCUGCGCCAUCACAUGACUUUCCUUGUGGACAACCUACAGUACUACCUGCAGGUGGAUGUCCUGGAAUCUCAGUUCUCACAGCUCCUGCAACAGAUCAAUUCCACCCGUGACUUUGAGAGCAUCCGCCUGGCACAUGACCACUUCCUGAGCAAUCUCCUGGCACAGUCCUUCAUUCUGCUGAAACCAGCUUUCCACUGCCUCAAUGAAAUCCUGGAUCUCUGCCAUAGCUUCUGCUCAUUGAUCAGCCAGAACCGGGGACCCCUGGAUGAGCGAGGGACCAUCCAGCUGAGUAUUCUGGCCAAGGGCUUCAGCUGCCAGUCUUCACUUCUGUUCAAGAUUCUCUCCAGCGUUCACAACCACCAGAUAAAUUCAGACUUGGCUCAGUUGCUGUUACGCCUGGACUACAACAAGUACUUCACACAGGCUGGAGGCACUUUGGGAAGUGUGGGAUUAGAAUAGGAUAGUUCAGUCCGGUCAUGGAGGCUGUUGCCAACAUUUUUAGGAACUUGACUCAGAGCUGUCUGUCUCUGGUAGUGAGAGAGAUGCUGCGACUCCUGGAGGAAGAUGGAGAUGUGAAGCUUGAUGAGCAUCUUGGUUAUCGGAACUGCAGCAGCCUGUUUUCUUCAACUUCAGCCAUGGCACUUACAAACAAUUCUUCCCUCCCUGUUUAAUUAAAGCUUAAUUAAAUACAUAUUUUGUGCCGAGUUAUUUUCCAGAAGUGAAGUGAAAAUACAUGUGCCCUAGUAU